UGGAGAGAAGACGUCGCAGGAAAACAACUCCUCCCCUUCCACUCCCGUCCUGUUGAGCAAUGUACUGAGAUUCUCAUCGGUGGAGUUCAUCCAGCAAAGCCGCUCCGACAGGGAAUCUGAUCGGCAGCGUUUAAACUGCUGGUAGAUACCUGAGUUUUGUCUGCCGUUUCAACUGUAAAGAGCUUCCUCUGUCUUCCAUCAGCAGGAAGAGAAGACAGACUGUGAACAAACCUAGUCAUGAACUGGGCAUUCCUCCAGGGCCUCCUCAGUGGGGUGAACAAGUACUCCACAGCCUUCGGGCGAGUUUGGCUCUCCAUCGUUUUCCUCUUUAGGGUCAUGGUGUUUGUGGUUGCGGCGGAGAAGGUAUGGGGCGACGAACAGAAAGACUUCAAAUGCAACACAGCUCAGCCCGGGUGCCACAAUGUCUGCUAUGACCACUUCUUCCCCGUCUCCCACGUCCGGCUGUGGGCCCUGCAGCUCAUCUUCGUCACCUGCCCCUCUCUCCUAGUGGUGAUGCAUGUAGCCUACAGGGAUGACAGGGAACGGAAACACCGGCUCAAGUAUGGCGAGAACUGCCACCACCUCUACAAGAACACGGGCAAGAAGCGCGGGGGCCUGUGGUGGACCUACGUCCUCACUUUGUUCUUCAAAAUCGCUGUGGAUGCCACCUUCGUCUACCUCGUCUACCACAUCUACGAGGGGUAUGACUUCCCCUCGCUCAUCAAGUGUGAACAGAAGCCCUGUCCCAACAAGGUGGACUGCUUCAUCGCUCGGCCCACUGAGAAACGAAUCUUCACCAUCUUCAUGGUGGUCACCAGCCUGGCCUGCAUCCUCCUCUCUGUUUUUGAAAUCGUCUACCUGAUUGGGAAACGCUGCCGUGAAUGCUUCACCGCGCCCCACAAGUCUCGCCACAUCAUGACCAACGCGAUGUCCAGUGGAUCGACCCUGAUGGAGUCAAACUCUCUAAAGUUGCCGGACAAAGCCCCCCCUGAUACGCCUGCUCCUUCAUACAGCGUCGCCGUAUGUUGAGAUCCUGAGAAUAAAGGCAGAGACUUAAUGAAAAACAGUGUCAUGGUAAAGGAAAUAUGCCUCUCCACCGGCACUUCCUUAAGAGACUUGUCAGCAGACAUUUGAGUGCUCAGAGACCGAACUACAAUAGAGAUAGUUCUUUACUGUUACUGUGUCCAUGUGUCAAAGAAUUAUAAAUUCUGGACCUCAGGACGUAUGUGUCAUUGAUCUGGAAUGUGCUCACUGUGGUGGGGUUUGGGUCAAAGUAUUUACAGUUUCUUUUUCUUUUUUUCCCUUUUUUUCCGACAGCCCUUUAAAUUAGGCCUUGAGACCAAUUACAUGAGUCACUCCAUAGUUUGGAGAUGGUUUCGCAUGAGGUUUUGUGUGUAAGAUUUUCCUUCUGCUCAGUGCCCAACCCCGAAAUGUUUAGUUCAAGCCGUACAGCGUCAUUUCCCCUUCACUCACCCCUUCGUGUCUGACUCUUUGUGAAUACUGCCCUUAAUUUAUCAAGAGGUUUGAAAGAUUGUGUUGUCCUGUAUGUUAUUGUGCUGACCUGUUUUAAACUGAUUCCUGUACACAGGCAGAAUAGAGCAAUGAAGUCCAAAUGCAGAGCUGUAAACACAGUCGUUAAUGACAUCAGGAGGUUCAUAUUUCACAGCACUGAGGUGCAGUGCGGCUGCAUAGUUGUUCAUAAUAUUUUACAUUAAAGAUAAUAAUUUUCAUGA